CAGAAUCCCACCUGCUAUGGAAUUUUCGGGAAACAUGGGACAAAAUUGGGCCACAUGGAUUCAAAAAUUCGAAUUAUAUAUGUUAGCUGCCGUGGAUACGAAUGCUUCUGAAGAAAAAAAGGUGGCAAUAUUCCUGAAUUUAAUCGGAGAUGCAGGUUUGGAAAUUUUUAAUACCUUGAAGUUAAAAAUUUCUUCUGCAAAACUGGAGGAUGUAAAGGCGGCAUUCAAGAAGUAUUGCGAACCAAAGAAGAAUGUGGUGUUCGACCGUUUUAAAUUUUUGAGCUGCACUCAGAAGGAUGGCCAGUCAAUAACGAGUUUCAUUACGGAAAUAAAAACUCUGGUGAAAAACUGCGAGUACACCAAUGAAGAUGAGAUGGUCAGGGACAAGAUCAUAAUGGGAAUGAAGGACGAUAACCUGCGAGAGAAGCUGCUGCAGAAUGAGAGCUUGUCACUGAAGAAAACUGAGGAAAUUUGCAACAUCAUGGAGAUUAGCCGGCAGCAAGCAAGUGUGAUCACUGGUAAUCAGCCAAAGCCGGAUUAUGCCGUUGAUGCUGUUACUCAGAAGAGAUUAAAUAAUUGGAUACUGGAGCAGAGUGUAAUGUACUUCCCACGAAGGUCUACUGUACAAAAAUUGGCUCACUGGAUGGAAUUGCCCCUGCUAACGUUAACUUGAUGGCAUUUGGAAGAAAAAUGGUGCAAGUAAGAGGAUUGGUAAGGUUGAGUUGUAUCAUUAGAGACAGAAAAUCAGAUUUAUCUUUUUAUAUUGUUGAUGGUGCAGAUAAACCAAUAUUGGGUUUGAAGGCUUGCUUAGAUUUUAACUUGAUUAAGCAUAUAAGUUCAUUA